AUGGGUCCUCUGGACUGUGAAGCUGGGAUGGGUGGGGAGACUCUUCUUAGGGCCCCUGUGCAGCCCGCACUCUCACCCACCAGGAGCCUUCAGUGUUACAUCCCCAAACCAUCUCUAUGCCCCCUCAAAGGGGCCAAUAUAAAGAAGAAAGGAAGAGGAAGGAACUCAACUAUUGCUUCAGAAGUGAGGGGAGUUAGACUGAAACCACUUCCAACCAGACUUACAGGUGCCAAGCAAAGGAUACACAUGUUCUUUGAAACAUUAACAACGUUUCUGAAAUUUUGGGGACAACUGCCUUUUUCUAUGUCAUGUAGCCUGUGA